AUGAGGUACGUCCAACCCCCCCUCACCCCUACCACCCUACCACCCUACAACCCACUAACGACUGCCAACCCUCCCCCCCACGCCACCCUACAGCCCCCUGCCCGCCGCUUUACGACCGAUCGUGAUCUGUGGCCCGUCCGGAACGGGCAAGUCGACGCUCCUACAAUUAUUGUUCAAGGACUAUCCGGACAAGUUCGGCUUUUCGAUUUCGCGUAGGUUCCUCUCGCUGCUUUUGACGUGGUUUGGGGAGUGAAGAGAUGGGGGUUCGUAGGAGAGAGCGCCGCGCGCGCUUUCGCUCGCUCGUACGCGGUUGAACUUGACUGGCCUUUUGAAAAGUGGAGCUUUUCCGCGUUUCGCAACUUUCCCCCUACCCCCCCCCCCCCUCACUCGUCACUUACUCCCCCCCUCCUCUUUCUGUUCCCCCAUCAUUCAUUUUUCUCAGACACGACUCGUUCCCCUCGUCCGGGGGAGACGAACGGUCAAUCGUACCACUUUACGACGCGCGAAAAGUUCCUCAAGCUCGUCCAAGAAGGCGCCUUCAUCGAACAUGCCGAAUUCAGCGGUAACUUGUACGGCACGACCGUGGGUGCCGUCGAAGCGGUCGCCAAGCAGGCGAACAAGACUUGUAUUCUAGAUAUCGAUACACAGGUGAGUACCCACGUCAAAAAAAAAAAAAAAAAAAGGUGACCUCAGCUCUGGUCUCCGCUGUUCGAAGAAGAUCCCGAUCUCCCUACGCAAAAAUAUUGAUCCCCCCCCCCUUCCUCCUCCACCAUCACAGGGUGUGAAAUUAAUCAAAGCGAACCACCCUUCCCUUCACCCAAUCUACAUCUUCAUCUCCCCCCCCUCUCUCCCCUCCCUGCACGCCCGUCUAACCCAAAGAGGUACCGAAUCCGAUUCUUCCCUAAGCUCUCGUCUCUCCGCGGCCGUACGCGAAAUCAACUACGCCCAAACGGUAGGAGCUUUCGACGUCGUGAUCGUGAACGACGAUUUGAGAACCGCUUACGAAAAGUUGAAAAAAGUCGUCGUGGAGGGGGAUUUGAAAGCGGGGGAUAGCUUACCCGAUUUUUCGAGGGAGGAAUAA